GCUAUGGCUUGGAGUUUCAUCUAUACUAUAUGGGCGUUCUCGAACAUAUUUAUAUCUCAGUUCUGAUUACAUGACGACUCGAAACGGCGUUUAUGAAACCGCCACAUCUAAAUUCCGAGAUGUCGAUACCACGAGUUCUCAAAGUGCUUACAUCUCGCCAAAGUAAACUCGCGGUGAAGGCUUACCUCACCCAUCGCGAUGCAGUCAGCGUCGACAUGGUUUAUUCUGCCAAAUCCUCCGAAUCCUAAGCUGCGGGAGAUCGCGCUGACGAGCCAAUGAUCGGCAUGGCAAGACGUCCAAAUGCAAGCCACCGAAGUUAAAAUGUCUGAUAAGUCAUAAUAUCCAUUGUUGGUCUUCUUUACCUUGUUCCUUAGAAGAGUAAUCCCGGUUCCGAAAGACUAUCCGAAGCUGACGCGCAUGGGGUAACCCGUAUGUACUUGGUCUCAAAAAUUGCCGUUUUCUCCCACUCGUCCCACCUGCGCCGUCCCCCGGCAUCUUUCCGAAAAACGCUUAGACGAUACAGCUAUUAAUCUUCAUCGCCCAAUGUGAGCGAGGUGGGGCGGUGGUACUUGAAACCUCCUUGAUCGUUAGGGAUCUUUGUAUGUUGUAUGACGCUCUUGAAGGCCGAGAGCAUCUCCGGGAUUUGUGCCGGCAAUAGGCACUCCGGAGCUGCUAUUGGAAGCGCUAGUCUCUCUUGUGUGCAUAUACAUGUGAUCUCUCCAUUUGGGCCAGUUAUGUUUCGUUACAGUAUUCCAGGACGAAUCGAGGCUGUAGAUAUCAUCAUCUACCGGGAUCCAUGUUAUUUAUCUCCCUUCAGUAAUACGUCAGCCCGACCGGCCCCUUACACCGCCGGGGGCGAAGCUCUAACCCCACAUCCCCGGGACUCAAGCAUGCGAUCGAUCAACAGGGCCGUGUCGGGGUACGAGGUAUUUGAUUUCCAUAUGCGGGAGUCUCACAGAAGUAGACAAAUCCCUUCUCUGAAAUUUAAUGUAGUGUGUCUUGGCUCAGAAGGUCUGAGCGGCUCGUGCGAAAUUCGGUUAACCAGUCAUAUAUGUCAUCUUUUUGAUCGUAAAAAUCGAUCGUAAGCACCUUUCCUAUUAAGUUGAUGAACGACAGUGAGGGCGGCGAAAUGUCCUAGAUAACAGGGAGCUUGCUUACUGCCAGUCAAGUGACACAUUACUUUUGCAACAAGUUACAAAAAUUAAGUAACUUAGAUAGGUACUGAGAUGUGCUUCAUUGUAUAAGUCACUAUGUAUAGGUAUGAGACUCGAGCCCUUUCGAACAUUAAUCUCUCCGGAACUUGUUAGCACCCUUUGACAUCUUAGACGAAAAAGAGCUAGCGUAAAGAGCGAGUCAAGAAAGAGCCUAAAUUCAGUUAUCUGAGUAUAUACACUAUCGGAACUGACUCAUGCUUUAGCAGUUGUCUAACAGAAAAGUACCGUGUUAAGUGAUGGUUUGGGUUCUUACUAUCUAUGCUGACUUGACAUACCCGGUGGCACAGUAGUAAGGAUCUGAAAACUGAUCAAUAACUUGGGCUAACAUGUCCAGGGAUAAAACAGUAUGCUGAAAGCUGGUUAUUUUAAAGAGCUAUCCUUAGGGAAUGUUGAAGUCUGAAAGGAGUGUUUCCAAAAGGAGCAAUAAACUCUACAAGGAGUAUCGAACUCUGAAAGGAGUAUAGUAUCUGACAAGAGCAUUAAAGUCUGACAAGACUGUCUUAACCGUCGAUAGGAUUAUUAAAGUUUCGAAGGAUUAUUAAAGUUCGGAAGGAUGAAGACGUUAUGGAAGUUUUACUAGAAUGCCCCUUUUGAAAUCGGAGGGUUUCCUAU